AUGAUGAACUUUGACGUCAAACCUGCUAGAGAAAGGAUAUCGAUUCAGCUGAAUGAGUUAGAUGAAAUCAGAUAUCACGCUUACGAGAAUUCAAAGUUAUACAAGGAAAGAACAAAAGCUUAUCACGAUAAGAAGAUCAUCCCUAGACAUUUCGAACCAAAUGAUCAAGUGCUUUUGUAUAAUUCUCGUUUGGCAAUAUUUCCUGGAAAAGUAAGAUCACGCUGGUCCGGUCCCUUUACUGUUAAAAAAGUAAGCCCCUAUGGAGCCAUAAUGCUAAUCAACUCUAAGGGAGAAGAGUACACGGUGAAUGGACAAAGAGUUAAGCACUAUUGGGCGAAGGCAGAGACACCAGACAGACGAAUUACAUGUUUGGGAUUACCACCUAUCGGUUGA